AGAGAGAAGGAAGGAUGGAAGGCACCGCCGCCCCUAUCACUAAAUCCGCAGCUGCCAAGUUAGUUAAGAGAAAUUUCCUUGAGGCUCUCAAGUCCAAUGACUUCGGAAAACUGAAGGCCAUCUUAAUCCAGAGGCUAAUAGAUGUGGACACGGUUUUUGAAGUUGAAGAUGAGAAUAUGGUUUUGGCAUCUUAUAAACAAGGUUACUGGUUGCCUAGUUAUAAGUUAAAGUCUUCCUGGGCAACAGGCUUGCAUCUCUCUGUCUUGUUUGGUCACGUGGAAUGUCUUCUGGUGCUGCUGGACCACAAUGCUACAAUCAACUGUAGACCCAACGGGAAAACCCCCCUCCACGUGGCUUGCGAAAUGGCCAACUUGGAUUGUGUUAAGAUCCUCUGUGACCAUGGAGCAAAGCUCAAUUGCUACUCCUUAAGUGGACACACGGCUUUACACUUCUGUACAACUCCUAGCUCCAUUCUCUGUGCCAAGCAAUUGGUUUGGAGAGGGGCCAAUGUGAACAUGAAGACCAACAACCAGGAUGAGGAGACGCCCUUGCACACGGCCGCCCACUUCGGCCUCUCGGAGCUGGUGGCCUUCUACGUGGAGCACGGGGCCAUAGUGGACAGCGUGAACGCCCACAUGGAGACCCCGCUGGCUAUCGCCACCUACUGGGCCCUCCGCUUUAAAGAGCAGGAGUACAGCAGGGAGCACCACCUCAUCUGCCGCAUGCUGCUGGACUACAAGGCCGAGGUCAAUGCCAGGGAUGACGACUUCAAAUCGCCGCUGCACAAGGCGGCCUGGAACUGUGACCACGUGCUCAUGCACAUGAUGCUGGAGGCGGGUGCGGAAGCUAAUCUCAUGGAUAUCAAUGGCUGUGCUGCCAUCCAGUACGUGCUGAAGGUCACCUCUGUGCGCCCCGCUGCCCAGCCCGAGAUCUGCUACCAGCUCCUAUUGAACCACGGGGCUGCUCGGAUAUAUCCGCCACAGUUCCACAAGGUGAUACAGGCUUGCCAUUCUUGUCCCAAAGCAAUCGAAGUUGUCGUCAACGCCUACGAACACAUCAGGUGGAACGUGAAGUGGAAAAGAGCUAUCCCCGAUGAUGACCUGGAGAGAUACUGGGAUUUUUACCACUCGCUCUUCACUGUGUGCAGUAACUCUCCAAGGACUCUCAUGCAUUUAUCGAGAUGCGCCAUUCGAAGAACGCUGCACAACAGAUGUCACCGAGCAAUUCCUUUGCUUUCCCUCCCGUUGUCAUUGAAAAAGUACUUGCUUUUAGAACCAGAGGGAAUCAUUUAUUAAGCCUUAUGAGACAGAAGUUCCCAAUCCCAGCUAUUUAAGUGGACUCACCGGGUAGACACAGUUUGCAUAAAUAAAAUGGUACUUGGGUUGAUUAUAACACUUCAGGGAUUUCAAAACACUUGACAGGCUCUGUCAUUAAUUCUGGGAUAUCAUGGUAAGGGGAAAUAAACAAGGAGUAAAGUUAAGGAAUUCUCAAAGACAAGAAUGUAUCCAGAAGGUACUGACAGCAGUGGUAACUAAUGUGUACGGUGUUUUUACUUGGUGCCUGAUAUAUUUUUAUAAAAUUUUUCGUAUAUCAUCUCAUUUUGAAAUGGGACCCAGUUUUUCUGUAAGUUUUUCUUACAGCCAAUCUCAUUCUCUCCCUUAUCAGUGGUAGGUUUAUAUUAUGGUUCAUUUGGCAAAAUCAUGGGCUUUGUGACUGGCCUCUUAAUCUCAGUGGCUUCCCCCAACCCCCACCCCCGCGCGACCACUUAGUUAUCAAUUAGCAGAGAUUAUGGUCACUACUUUUGCAAACUCCUGUGCCCACUUUAAGCUCUUUAUAACUUACUUUUGGUGAAGAGAGCAUACAAGCCUCGUCAAAACAAGGAGAUCUUUGAGUUAAAGCAGAAACCAAAAUUGAAGACCUAUCCACUUACUAGUCAAAAAACAGACAUUUCAACGUAUGCUGGUUGAGCCAGAGGCUGGAGACGCAAUGAGGACUCUCCAGCGAGGGCUCCUGGUCUCCAGAAUCUCACCGUUCAGCAGAGGAUCCGGACAUACAAGCAGGAAACUGCACUGUCAAAUGUCAGGGGCAACAGUACAGGGUGCAGACUCAUUUUUAGUGCUUGUGUUUAGGUCAUGUUUCUGACCUGAAGUGUGAGUCUCCUUUUAAGCAUGAAUAGAAAAGAUUGAAGGCCUUGUGUGACAUAGAGGGAAGUCUCGCUGCUGUUAGUAUAAAUGUAUUCACUUUCCGUUUCUCUGAACAUCCAGAAACUCUUUAUUUUAGUAGGAUUUCCUAUUUAGUACCGUCCUUGGGAAAAAAUAUUGCACACUCUGUGGCUCCCAUGUACACGACCAUGAAGUUCAGUAAGACGUGUACAAGGAGGAGUGUGAAGGGAAGAACUUCAGUUGGUGACUUGGUCUCGUUGUGUAAUAGACUGACAUUUCAGAGUAUUUUAGCUGGAAGAUAAGGAGCACUUCGCUAGCGAUGGCUGGCUCCCGAUAGAGCAAAUAGAAAGACUUUUUGAAAAUGGUUAAAGUUUGAGACACUUGGAAAGAUAAGUGUGUCAAUCAGGCUUGUUAGUUAGUGGUUUGCAGAAAGUGAAAUGUAGUUGAUUAACCUCUGGACCUCAGGGUUUAUGAGGCCAAUUUUGUUUUGUGUAUUUGUUCUUGCUAAUCACUUUUAGGUAAGCUCAUUUCCUCCUAGCAUCGCUUUUUUAGAAGUUAAAGCAGUAGUAAUUAAGCACAAACCAAUCUGUUUGCCAGUGGUGAGCAGGUUUCUUUUAUUUGUGUGGUUGAAGAACCACACAAAUCUUUUUUUUUUCCUUUUCUUUUGAGAGAGAGAGAGAGA